AUGUUGUCGCCCAAUGCGCAAAAUCCUGCUCAUCAACCGUCCAAGGCCGCACAACAACGGAGGCGGGGAUCCAAUCGCUCAAGACCUUGUGAUACCUGUCGCAUUCGAAAGACGCGCUGCGUGCGACAAGACGGCCAGCCGCGAUGUGUGCUGUGUACCUUUCACGAUCAGUCGUGUACGUUUGUGCACGCGCCGCCGUCACGUACUCGCAAUGCGUCUAUGACAACGCAGCAUGAACAGCAGGAGGAGCAGCAGGAGCAGGAGCAGGAACUCGAUCUUGUUCAGCCUGUUUACUUGACCGCAUCGCCACCUAGCUCAGCCAGCUCACCAGCGCAUUCCCGGAAGGGAGCCGCUCAGACUACAGAUGAUGUGGCAUUGUCGGCUUCGGACCCCUAUGCAAAAACGAUUGCUCAGCCGGACCCGGCGGUGUUGAGCAACACUCUGGGAUUGGAUCUCACGACCCAUGCAGAGUACAUCGGCUUGACGGACCUCCGACUCCCAGCUGCUGGUACAGCUCCAUCUAAAUCGUCCAAGAAACGCCGUCUGGACGACAGAACUGUGUUCCUUGUCCACGCAGAUGAGGUAUCCGCCUCAGAAGCACAGCGCAUCGCAGAUGUUGACGCCAUCGAGGCCAUUGCUCGGCCAUGGGGAUCAACAUUCGUCGAUUUGUACUUUCGAAUCGUCCACCCUAGUUUUCCCAUCUUGCAUAAAGAUGUAUUCAUCACAAAAUACCGCGCUUCGCAUCAUCACUUUGCCCCUUCUCUAUUGGCAGCCGUCUAUCUGAUCGCACUGGAUUGGCAACUGUACGAUUCUUGCCUUGCUAGCGAGGAAAGUUCACUGCCAGAUGCCAAAGCACUCGAGGAACUGGCGAUGAGGACCAUUGCACACGACAUGCGUAGACCCAAGCUGAGCACUCUCGAGGCCGGGCUUCUGCUCCUGCAUCGCAGUCGCCGUGCUGCACAGAGUGGCCUCGCGCAUACCUUUGCAACCAAUCGUAUGCUGACUGCCCAAUUGGUCGCCGUAGCGCAAGACCUUGGCAUCCAUCUAGACUGCAGCUCUUGGUCGAAAUUGCCCUUUACCGCGCGCUGGUCCGCUCUAUGA